AUGUUGAUACCGUUGACCGAGCCCAACAGAUCGAGUCUAGUCACAACAUGGAGCGCCAGUCAUUCAGACAACAGCCAUUCUGUCUUUCAGACAGGCGAAAGUGUAAGUAAGAGGAAGGCAGACCGCUACCGAGACCAGCAGAGGAAAAAGAGAGGAGGAGGAGGCCAGCGAGAUCAAAGACCUCCCCUCAGGCCGUGCAGCCCGUUCAGCGGUGUUACCAAUUUGGACAUUUCGCUUUCUGGCACGAUGGUGAAAGAUCUGAACGUGAACAUCGGAGGAAGAGACCUGGUGGCCGAUACGUCAAUCCUCGGAAAACUGCUUCUGUCGCGGCUGCCUGCUCUUAGUCGUGUGCUCGCCCCCUCCUUGGUCGUCGGAAAAACAAGUUUCAGCCCCGCGAAAUUGGCUCUUAGUCUGAGAAAUCCUCCGCCGCACCUAGUCGAUGAAGGUCGGUGGUUUCUCGCUCGAUACUCCUUGGUCUUGCCGGGAUUUUCGCUUCUCGGGCUGGAGGGAUUUUGCUCGGCUGAGAGGACUUUUGAGGUGGAAAAAUAA